AUAGAACCAGUACAGAAUGAUGUACUUGAAAAAGGUCUUGCACAACCAUUUCUCAAAAGUUCAGAGGAAACCCAACAAGGUGAAGAUGGUGACCAAGAAUGUGAUGAGAGUGAAGAAGCUCCAGAGGAAUCUCGUCAGCCAGUCACUUCAAUAGGAUCAGCAUAUAGGUUGCUUACGCCAUCUGUGAAGGUUCAAUUGCUGAUUUACUUCAUGCUUAAAUACGCAAUGGAGAUUUUACUUUCAGAAUCUAGUGUCAUUACCACACACUAUUUUGGCUGGUCUACAAGUACAGUGGCAAUUUUCCUUGCAUGUCUUGGCUUAACAGUUCUUCCUGUGAACAUCGUUGUUGGAAGCUACAUUAGCAACAUGUUUGAAGACAGGCAAAUUUUACUGGCAUCUGAAAUUAUGGUUUACUUGGGCAUACUCUCAAGCUUCCACAUAAUAGGUACAUAUACUGUGCCACAAUAUGUCUGCUCGGGACUCAUAAUGUUUGUAUCUGCUGAAGUACUAGAAGGUGCCAACUUGGCACUCCUCUCUCGAGUCAUGUCAUCAAGGCUUUCACGGGGAACCUACAAUGGUGGAUUGCUUUCAACUGAAGCUGGGACAAUUGCUCGAGUGAUUGCAUAUGGCACGAUAACCUUGGCCGGAUACUUGGGAGAGAGUAGGCUAUUGAAUGCUACUCUACUCCCUUCGCUCUUAAUUUGCAUAUCUUCCAUUAUUGCCACCUUGUGCACUUACAAUUCUCUCUACUGAAAAAAAAGAAAAAAGAAAACUCUUGUAUCUAGGAAAUUCCUUAGGUCCAAAAAUAUUCCUUGACUCGUUAAUUUAUAUUAUUGAUUUUUUAUUUUUAUUUCUUUUUGGUUCUGUAAUGACCCGAAUUCAGGGGUCCGAAUCGUUUACUGGGUCCUUACCCGAAUCCGAAGUCAUCUAAGGCAUUAUUGUCCUUUCCUAUGUCAAUGCAUAAAAUACAUAUACAUCA